AAACUAUUCAUUUUUGUCAAGUUUGCAUUACAUUUUGAUAUGUUAUAGGCCAAGGAUUUAGAAUUCCACAGCUUCUAUUAAGAAAAAAGUUAUUUUAAAUAAUUGAGACUUUAUAUUCUGAUCUAAAAAAUUUGACCUGCCACUCUUUUUAGGAAGGUAUGGUACGAUGUGAUACAGCAGUUGGAACACCUGAUUAUAUUUCCCCUGAAGUAUUAAAAUCCCAAGGUGGUGAUGGUUAUUAUGGACGAGAAUGUGACUGGUGGUCAGUUGGGGUAUUUUUGUAUGAAAUGCUUGUAGGUGAUACACCUUUUUAUGCAGAUUCUCUGGUUGGGACUUACAGUAAGAUUAUGAACCAUAAAAAUUCACUUACCUUCCCUGAUGAUAAUGACAUAUCAAAAGAAGCAAAAAAUCUUAUUUGUGCCUUCCUUACUGACAGGUGAAUAAUCUUAAAAUUGAACUUAUUUCCAUUAUUUAAGGAAAUUCUUAUUUUGCUGCUCAGUUUUUAAGAUCUGCAUCUGAGUUCUUAUAUUUGAACUGUUAGAAUAUAAAUGCUACUAUUCCCAGAUUCAUUCCUGAUGACAAUGAAACCUAAUAUACUUUAUGAUUUUCUGAGUGGCUUUUCUGGAUCUCCACUAACUUGCCUUACCAGAGGAAUUGGGAUAAUAUAUUCUUGGCUGAUGGCUAGACCAGAUGAUUUUUUUUCUUUUUUCUACUUAGUGAAUUAACUUAGUUAAUUAUAAAAAUGAUAUUAUAUGUUAUUGAGCCUAAGAUUUUUCUUUACGUAUUAACAUCUCUGAAAUCAGAGUGAAUCUUACAAUCCAAGAUAUGUAUUGAUUUAAUU